UUUCUUGAUUUCGAGCAUGUAAACCGAUCGAACCGUUUCGGUAUGUUUCAGGUCUUCGUCGUCUCUUCGUCAUCUUCGCAUAAUGCAAAUAAAAAGUAGCGGUAAUGAUUGUGGCUGUUCCGACGGACCAGUUGGAUGAAUGGUGGCAAGUGCUCCGCCCUGCCGAUCUUUCUUUCCGCCGCCGCGUUUACACUGCUGGGCCCGCGUAGACGGGCGUGCUCUGGACGCAGUUUAGCGUGAGCGCGAGGACGACACCAUGAACAGCGUGAUGGAAGACGUGUCGUCCACGUUCGCGCUGGACCCCCAGGAAGAGAUGCGGCUGCUCAAGGAUAAGGUCCGGCAGCUGGAGCUGCAAAACAAGCAGCUCCGCCGGAGCCAACAGCACCUCAGGUCCUUGUCCCCGUGCAAAACGGCCGACUCUGAGAAGAACAGCAAGGACCUGAAACAGUCGUUCAACAUGAGCAUGUCGGACGAAGGUAACGAGAAGUCCUCCAAGGAGAGCUCGCUAGAGGACCUCGGUCUCAUCGACGUCGAGUUUAUGUCCGAGCUGGACGACGAGACCUGGCUGUACGAGCCUCCAGAGACGGGUGCCGGCGAGGCGACGGCUGCUCUGACCAGCAGCGCCCGCGAAAGGGUGACUGCAGAGCCCAGGGAACCCGUCAACAGCGCUCGGCUGUCGCUAUCCGACAAGUUGGACGAAAUCACGCAAUUGGCGUCAACUGCCCAAAAACUGCGACAGAUGCUUUCUUGUGUUAAGAGCAACUCAGGGCCAAGCAGAACGUUUGAUUCGCGCACAUUCACGCGUCCCCGGAGGAGACGGCCCGCGCUUGACUUGGAGGCAAUGCCGACGAUUGCUGCUGUGGAAGCAGGAUCGCCAAGGGAGUUGCCCGUUCGGCCAGCUGUGCAGCCAGCAUCUAGCCCUGGAGUUGUGUCGCCAAGCAAGGAGGAGGCCUCGCCAAGUAGUCCCGUGCCACCAGUGGUCCCAGCACAAACGUUACCACGUGCACCUGUCAAUGUUCACGAGAUCGCUCGACUUCAGGAAGAGAGUUUAAGACUGAGCUCUCCCAUAUCUUCUCCGAAGCGAACUUCCACAACUAGUGCUAGGAUUGCAGAGUCAAGUCCAGAUGACUCCUGCUUGGAUGACCAGCAGGAAGUUCAUCAGAGUAGAGCACAGAAUGCAGAAGGUGAUGCGAGGCAGCGACUUCGCACACCUCCAUUGUCCCUGGCACGGACCAUGGAGAACCAGAGUCCAUCGCCAGGAAGCAGUCCGUAUGGCUCCAAUUCUUCUCUACAUCAGAUAUCUCAAAUUCCAAGUAAAGGUGCAACACGAAGGAGCCUGCCCAACUUGAGCAGGGUGCUGAAUGGACUAGGCACUCGCAAUCCCAGCGCAACUGGCCACCAGUCCAAGCAACAGCAGCCGUCGCUAAGCCAUCGAAACAACCUUAGCCAGCUCCCUCAGCCCGAGAUUGCAGGCCGCUCCGCAUUGCCCAUGUCGGCACGCACCCGCUCAUCCUCCGUGGUUGCGGCCGUCCCAACACCACAGUCGGGGCCUUCCUCAGCCAGGACGUCCCAAACGGGGAGGCGCUCUCUGGGCUUGCCACAGAGGGUGUCUCACGCGUCUCCCCCAUCUCGUAUGCCACCACCUGCAAGGUACAUGCCUGCACCUCCUCCAGCAGCACCGGUGGCACCAAUGGCCGCUGCGGCAACUUCCGUUCCACAGAGGUCGGGGCUGCCGCGACCUUCCCGGAUUCCACCACCACGUUCGCAGAAGAGAACGUAGAUGCAUGGAAUAUUGCGCUCUAAAGAGAACGAGCUUUGUUGUAAGUUCCCGCUGCCUGGGAAAUGGCAGCUGAUGCCUGCUUUUGAUCAUGCCUUUAUUCGCCAAAAAUAGGAAAGGAAAUUGUCCCAAUAGUCUUGCAAUGCUGCACCUUGUGAGGAGAUAACCAAAACGUCAGCUGAAAUUCAAGUGUGUGCAAUAUAAAUUUUGCUCUAUUUUUGUGUUUCUUAAGCUUCUGCUUAGUGGAACAAGCUUCUGGGAAAUUCAAAUCGCAAUGUGUGCAUUCUAUGGCACACAGACAGUGCACUGCUAUCAUGACUGAACAUUGUGGUACCAUAGGUUAUUCUCGGUAAUAAGAAUGGCAUGAAACAUGGAUUAGUUGGGUUUUUCAGUAUUCACAGGAGCAGUGUGAAGUGAACGCACUGAUGCUUGACCAUUGUUUGUCAUUGCUGAAAUCAACGUGUCAGCAUGCCAAAAUAUUUUGAAAACGUGUUCCAUGUGGUUGCGACUUCAUUAUUUGGCAAAAGGCAAUAAUGAAAAUACAAAAUUUAUGAUUUUCUAGAGAUUAAGCUUGCGCUUAAUUAUUUUACCCCCACAUCAGUCUAAGGUUAAGCAAACAAUAUUUGGCUCGGUUACUAAACACUGUGGCCAUGUAGGGCGAAUUAGGAUAGGACAUAAAUAUGACCGCACUGUUCUAACGUGCUAGCUUUAUAAAAACUACCAAAACUACCCUAUAUAUUGAUAAUUCUCUAAUAAACUAGUAUUAGUUUCACUGCUCAUGUAUCUUUUUUUUUUUUUUUUCUGGCGGCUGUUGCCCCUAGAAGCGUUCACAUUUUCCCUUUGCUUUUCAUGGUAUUUUCUUCACCUUAUUAUGAUUGACUGUAUAAUAGAUAUUUAAUUACUUUGUAAUUGUCAUAGGUAGCUAGAAUGCAUACAAAGCAGCAUUGUACGACCUUAACUCACUUGCAACGAAGUGUCCAGCUCCUUGUAAUAAAUUACUGAAAGUUUUGAAAUAAUCAUAAAUGGUCCAUCAAACUUCAGGCUUGCAGGGGACAACACGCUGUAUCUUGGAAGAGCUGAAGUUUGUGCAGUAUUUAUUGAAACAACUUGGGGGGGGGGGGGGUAUCAAGGGGCUAACACCAAAUGCCACAUGCUUAGUAAUCAGUUUUGCUCGACACUUGCGGCACUGAGUGCACAGUUCAAAACCUUUAUUAGUUCUUGCUUUAAUUUAGUGAAACAUGAAGGCAAUCGUUGCUCAUAAUUACACUUCACUCUCAGGUCUGGAAUUCCUGCUUUCAGCAGGAAUGCCGCAAUGCCAUCGAGGUUUCCAGAACCGGAUGACGACUGGAGUGACGGUUGUUACUGAAAAAUGCCACGCCAUGGGCAGCCAUGUCCCUGCGUAUCUUAUAUUUUUUAAUAUCAGCAUUUUGCAAUGGGUUCUUUUUAAUUAUUUUUCUGAUGAUGAAUGGUGUGUACCCCUGGUUUUUAGUUGAAAAAAAAAAAAAAACACAUCAUUGCCGAGUGCUCUGCUGCCGUCGGCAGAGUGAUGUUCUGUGUUGUCCACUGUCUCUCACUCAUCUCAAAGCGGGCUUGUUCUGGUGGGAGAAAUUAUUGCGUUGUAACUCAAUUGGCAACAUGCCAACAGACAGCAUCCCAGAGAAAAUCUAUCGUAGCUGCAAGGCAGCACUACGGAUAGAGUGCAACAUUUCCUUAAAGGGGCCCUGUAAAAUUCUUUUAACAUGGUAAAAAAACUCUGCCAGUCAGUAUUCAAAGAUCCCGUGAACAUGUGAGCCCCAUAUUAUAGCACUGCACACACUACGGAAUUUAAAAUUGCGUUUCAAAGACAGCUUGAAAUUGCUUGCUCUUCUCUCGGCAAAUUGCAUCAUUGACGGGCCCGACUACAUCAUCUGUGGGCCCAACACAGCUAUGGACCGAUUUGAGCAUUCUUCUGCUGCAUGGUUAUCGUUGCCACAUGGGGUGCCACCACGUGCCGGUGCUGCGCACUGUAGUGUGCUAGAAAUGCACGGUAGCAGCACUAGUGUGUUCAUGGUCACACUCGAACUCGAAGAUAGGUAAUGCAUUCAAAGAAGAAAGGAAGAGAAAAUGCUCAAGUUCAUGAUGCGUCCCCCUGUGUAGCCUUCAUCACGCUCGGGGACAAAAGGAGAGAGAAAAAGCCCUUAAAGUGUACAACAAAUCCCGGUACUCCAGUGAGGUCAUUUAACGAUUACUUGGAAAAGUGUUGCAGGUCCCCUUUAAGUAAAUACUUUGGAUGUUAGCCAAGAACUGACUGUUGCACUGUCAGCUGUGCCUCUGCAUAAGUCUCAAGUCUGGUGCCAUUGGAUCGCAGCUGACGACCUUGUUGCCAUAAGCAAACAACUUAAUGGAAGAGAGCUCUCUCUGGGGGAUUGCUGAAAUUGGGCGUUGUGUUUGUUUAUUUGGGAUUCCAGAGCAGUGUUUGCAUAUGUGGUUCACUUCGGAGCUUUGUGCCGGCCGAUUCACAAAUGUUGCAGAUGCCAAGUUAUUCGUAUAUAAUCUUGUGACUUAACCGACGAAUUUGCUCUGAACUGUUCCUGCCACACCUGUCAGUGCCCCAAACUAAAGUUCUGGCAACAUUGCAGACCUGUCAUUUAGCUUACUGUGUCGUCUCGUCUCUUCGCUCUUUGUGUUGCACGACUGGGGUAAGCAAAGUGGUGUAUUACAAGCCCAUUCAUUCCGUCUCUUUCUUAUUUGAGCCUGGCACAUUAUUGCUCACAUUUCAAACCUCUAACAUUCUAUACUUUUUUUUUGUAUGAGGUAGUAGUGCUGCCUAUAAGUGGAGAUUGUUGUGUUUUUGGUUAUGGAGGCUCUGGAAAAUGGUGGUUCACUGGAACUCUGCAGUGCUGAGAAAGGGGGUUGGGGAUUCUCUGCAUUUAGAGCAAUAUUACUGUGAUAUAUUUAUAGAGCUGCCCAUGCAAGACCUCUCUUUUAUUUCGUAAACCGCUUCCGAUUCUCCUCUUUUUUUCGGCCACACGAAAGAAAGUCUGGAGUGGUCGUAACUUCCCUGUCCACGAGAUACCGCGUCCGUUAAGACUGGUGUGAAUGUCUCCUCACAAGUACAACACGAAGCAGCAUUCGCUGAUUGCUCGCUUGUACAUUAACCUUGCAGGGUUUGUUGUGGAAGCUGGGAACAACAUUAGUCUCAGCUUAGGUGCAGCGUGCUUUCACUGUAUCCAUGCAGAUGCUACAGUGUUGACAAAUGCAUUGUGUAUAUAUAACUGCUGUUUUUCUAUGAAACAAUAAAAUUGCUUGCAAGA